AUGGAUUCGACCGACCAAUACUUUACGACUGGACGUCAGGAUUCUGAAGACGCAAUAGUGAGGAAAAUUCUUGCGUGUAGUGGUAGAGAGACGCGUAUGAAGUGUCGUCCUCUUCGACAUCGAAUGGGAUUAUUUGACAAGGAUUUCCGCAGUAUUAUCCAGCUUGGCCUGGGCUUCAUGUUGAUAUUUUCAGCCUUCACUAGCCAUGGAAUGAUUGAGAUUGCUAUUCUCAAAAAUAUUGCUGAAAAACAUCCGACAUCAGGUAUAACCGAGCAAUCUGGUUAUUAUAGCUUAGCUAUCAUUUAUCUGACCUUCACAUUUUCGAAUUUUCUUGCACCUGCUAUAAUAAAUGCUCUAAGUUCGAAAUGGACAAUGAUUUUUGGAGCCUUGAUGUACUUCAUUUUUAUGCUUGGCUUUAUGUGUCUGAAUGUAUAUUCUCUCUACAUAUUUUCAGCAUUUACAGGCUUGGGUGCUGCAAUGAUAUGGACCGGACAAGGAGUCUAUCUCACAACCUGGUCUCGGACUGAUACUGUCGCACGUAACAGUGGCAUUCUUUGUGCUAUGCUGCAAUCAUGCUUCAUUUUCGGUGGAUUGUUUCUUCUUUUCAUCUCCUUUUCAGGUUCUAUUGUUUCUUCGGUGAAUUUAAUUUAUUCAGUAUUUUCUGUGAUUACUUUUAUUGGUAUAAUAGUAUUAGCACUGCUUCCUGCAAAACCGAGUGGAGUGACAUGUUCUACUGAACACACUGAUGGAGAGAGGAAUGAAGGUGCAAUGGAAGAAGAAAACGGUGUCAGUAUUGUUAAUGGUCGAAUUAAUUUUGAAACGCGACCAAUACGUGGUGCAAUAACACCGCGUACCGUUGUUCUUUGGAAAGACGAAUUCCACAAUACACUUCGUGUGGCGGCCACUCGACGAAUGUCCCUGCUCGCUAUAGUGUUCAUGUAUAUGGGUAUAGAAAUGACGUUUUACACUGGUAUUUAUCCAGCAUGCCUUGCAGCAUUUGGACAGUUGAGAGAUAACGGUUUAGUUAUUGCCUACAAUGCUCUUGCUGUUGGAGGAGGGCAAGUCAUCGGUAGUCUUGCGUUUGGAGUUUUUGCAAAUAGAUUGGUUGCUUAUGGUCGCAAUCCAAUAAUCCUUUUGGGUACCAUUAUUCAUCUGUUGGCAUUCCUUUGUAUUUUUUUAAAUAUUCCAAUGGAAGCACCGUUGCAUAAAACGUACGCGAAAGGUUACAUUGAACCAAACUAUUCAUUAACCUUAAUUUGUGGUUUUAUGCUUGGUUUUGCGGAGAGUUGUUGGAGUACACAGAUUUAUUCACUUCUCAGUUCUCUUUAUGCCACGAACAGUUCCAACGCAUUUGCGCUUUUUAAAUUUUAUCAGUCACUUGCGGCUUCUAUAACUUUCUUUUAUGGAUCGCUUCUGCUGUUGCAUUGGCAGCUAUUGAUACUUGCGGUGGGUGCUGUAUUGGCGGCACUCCUCUUCUUUCCAGUGGAAUGGGAAGCGGUUGCAUUCACUAUUCCGCCACCAAUUUUUCCGUUUUGA